AUGUCUUCAGCAGCUGGGAACGCCUUCAGGAGGUUUAUGAACUCUGAAACUGGUCCAAAGACUGUGCAUUUCUGGGCUCCAACUUUGAAAUGGGGUUUGGUUUUUGCAGGGUUCAGUGAUACAAAAAGACCGGUGGAUAAAUUAUCAGGUACUCAGAAUCUGUCUUUGUUGGCUACGGCUUUGAUUUGGACCCGUUGGUCGUUUGUUAUUAAACCAAAGAACUAUUUACUUGCGUCUGUGAAUUUUUUCUUGGGUUGUACUGCUGGUUACCAAAUUGGACGGAUUAUUAAAUAUAGGAUAGAAGAAGGCGAUUCGGCAUCGCAGAUUGUGAAAUACAUUAUUAACGGUGCCGAAAAGCCUGUUGUUGAGAAAAUCGUUGAUAAAGCUACUCCAUCUGCUGCCACUCAAUAA